GGGAAAUCCUAUAUGCCAGUGAAAACUUGGCUGCAACUCAGGAAUACAUGGAGGACAUUGAUAAUACCCAGAGGAGACACAACAUCCGCCUCCGUGGUGUCCCAAAUUCAGUGUCAAAUAUAUCCACUUUUGCAGCUGACUUAUUCAAAAGCCUGUUACCCAAUGAGAUUGUUCAGGUAGAUUAUGUAUUCAGGCUACAGUACAAAACUAAAAACCCCCAUGUGCCCCGGGACAUUUUAGUCAGGUUACCCCUGAUAUCACAAAGGGAAGCUCUGCUGAAGGCUUCAAGGAAAAUAAACAUGAGUCAAUUCAAAGGUACCAAAGUGCAACUGUAUGCUGAUUUAUCCCCUUCCACCCUAGAAAAGAGAAAGGCUAUGCGCCCAUUAGUGAUCUGGCUUCAACAGAAUUCUGUCAAAUAUCGUUGGCUGUUUCCCUUUGCAAUUGCAUUUGAAUUUAAGGGUUGGCUCUAUCAGUUUCCAACACUGGAAGAAGCCUGCAGGGUCCUACUACAGGACCAUGGGAUCAGCAUAUCCAGGGAUAUGACUGCUAUACCACCAAAGAAACAACAGGUUAUCCCUUCCCCACGGACCAGUCCUACACACACUACUCCUUCUACAGAUGCCAGUCUGGAGCAGUAUCUCCCUUCUGCUGCAUCUCAGAAUUAUAAUGGAGCCCCAAGGAGUAACUCUAAUUCCACUGCGGCUGAUGUUAUGCCUCCACCUGCAGAGAAUGGACUGGAGAAGGCAAACCUUCCUGAGGCAAUCUCUAUAUCCAGCCAUGGUGACUUUAUGCUUCCUGCUGGAGCAAAUGACCCAGAGAAAUCAGGCCUACCAGAGAUACAUUCUACACCCACCACUCCUGUAUAUAUUCCUCCUUGUGGAGAGCAUGACCUGGAGAAUUCAAGCCUUCCAGAGAUAAACUGUACUCCUCCUACUGCUGAAUACAUGCCUCCUUGUGGAGAGAAUGACCUGGAGAUGUCAAGCCUUCCAGAGAUAAACUGUACUCCCACCACUCCUGAAUAUAUGCCUUCUUGUGGAGAGAAUGACCUGGAGAAGUCAAGCCUUCCAGACAUAAACUGUACACCCACCACUGCUGAAUAUAUGCCUUCUUGUGGAGAGAAUUACCUGGAGAAGUCAAGCCUUCCAGAGAUAAACUGUAAUCCCACCACUCCUAAAUAUAUGCCUUCUUGUGGAGAGAAUGACCUGGAGAAGUCAAGCCUUCCAGAGAUAAACUGUAAUCCCACCACUCCUGAAUAUAUCCCUUCUUAUGGAGAGAAUGACCUGGAGAAGUCUAGCCUUCCAGACAUAAACUGUACACCCACCACUGCUGAAUAUUUGCCUCCUUGUGGAGAGAAUGACCUGGAGAAGUCAAGCCUUCCAGAGAUAAACUGUACACCCACCACUGCUGAAUAUAUGCCUUCUUGUGGAGAGAAUGACCUGGAGAAGUCAAGCCUUCCAGAGAUAAACUGUAAUCCUACCACUCCUAAAUAUAUGCCUUCUUGUGGAGAGAAUGACCUGGAGAAGUCAAGCCUUCCAGAGAUAAACUGUAAUCCCACCACUCCUGAAUAUAUGCCUCCUUGUGAAGAGAAUGAACUUGAGAAGCCAAUCCUUCCAGAGAUAAACUGUACUCCCACCACUCCUGAAUAUAUGCCUUCUUGUGGAGAGAAUGACCUGGAGAAGUCAAGCCUUCCAGACAUAAACUGUACACCCACCACUGCUGAAUAUUUGCCUUCUUGUGGAGAGAAUGACCUGGAGAAGUCAAGCCUUCCAGAGAUAAACUGUAUUCCCAUCACUCCUGAAUAUAUGCCUCCUUGUGGAGAGAAUGAACUUGAGAAGCCAAUCCUUCCAGAGAUAAACUGUACUCCCACCACUGCUGAAUAUAUACCUCCUUGUGGAGAGAAUGACCUGGAGAAGUCAAGCCUUCCAGAGAUAAACUGUACUCCCACCACUCCUGAAUAUAUGCCUCCUUGUGGAGAGCAUGACCUGGAGAAUUCAAGCCUUCCAGAGAUAAACUGUACUCCUACUACUGCUGAAUACAUGCCUCCUUGUGGAGAGAAUGACCUGGAGAAGUCAAGCUUUCCAGAGAUGAACUGUACUCCCACCACACCUGAAUAUAUGCCUCCUUGUGGAAAGAAUGACCUGGAGAUGUCAAGCCUUCCAGAGAUAAACUGUACUCCCACCACUCCUGAAUAUUUGCCUCCUUGUGGAGAAAAUGACCUGGAGAAAUUAGGCAUUCAAGAGAUAAACUGUACUCUUCCUUCAGGAGAAAACAACCUGAAGAAGUCAGGCCUUCCAGGGAUACACCUCACUCCCACUUCUGUUGAAUAUAUGCCUCCUACUGAAGGAAAUAACUUAGAUAAGUCACACCAUCCAGACAUUAACCCUACUCUCAGCUCUGCUAAUUAUAUGCCUCCUUCUGGAGAGAAUGACCUGAAGCAGUUGAGUUCUCUUGUUACAAAACCCCUUUCUAGUCUUGCUGAUAUUACGCCUCCUUUUGGAGAGAAUGACCUGGAGAAGUCAAGCCCUCCUGAGACACGCUCUACUUCCAGCCCUACUGACAUUAUGGCUCCUUAUGGAGAUAAAGACCCACAGAUGUCAGGCCCUCCUGAGACAAACACAGGCAGUUCGUGUUGUUGUGAGGGCAACAUUGCUGAAGCACAGUAGAAGAAUGUGAAAGAAUGCUCCAGAUAGUGCUGGCUCUGAACCUCUUUACAGAAUAUAGAAAUUGUAACAAUUCAUAGGACAUAUAUAAACCUUGUAAGAAGUGCAAUGGAAUACCCUACAAUAUCCCAUAUUGCCAGGCAAGAAACAAUUCCAGGAGUUUACAGUGUGGUCCUCGACUUGUGAUCAUCUUAACUGCCAUGACUCUGAGAAAAUUAGAGAUUUUGUCCUUCCUGGAUUAUAAAUCAAUUCACCAGUUUCUCCUGUUUCCCAGCAUUUUUAGAGAGCCACUCAUUUAAAAGGAAAACAAGCAUAUUCAUCCCUUACCUGACUCUGUACUCUGGGCACCUCUUUAAACAUUAUGGCUAAUAACCCAGUUGUUAACAUCUUUCUUUUCUGUACUAUUUAAAUUUAACUAUUUAGUCUUAAUUCUAAAGUUGAUUAAUUUCUGCUUUUCUACUGACCAUAUCAAAUUCAUUCCUUUUCCCGAUUUGUUGGUGCAUGAUUAAUCUGUUCUACAUAUCCAGUUGGUUUUAUUUGACAAAAACCUAAUUUUAAUCUGAUGGUUCUUAAUAUCUGCUAAAGGUUGUUUUUUUUCUACUCUAAAUUUGGAAAGAUUCUUUUUAUUAAAAGUUAAUAUAACAA